AUGGACAUAGAUAAGUUGAAAUUUGCUGUUAGUUGCUCUAGUAACAUGAACAGAAGUAUGGAGGCGCACAGCUUUAUGCAGAAACGAGGCUUCAAUAUAGAAUCGUAUGGUUCAGGAAAUCAAGUGAAACUUCCUGGAACUGCUGCGGACAAACCGAAUUGUUAUGAAUUUGGAAAGGCAACGGUCCCUGAUUUCACUACCAGUUCAUUCAACUCCACAUGUCUUUUCAGUUACACUCAAAAUGGUCUUUUGAAUAUGCUGGAUCGAAACAGGCGCAUAAAACCUGCUCCGCAAAAGUUUCAGCAUGAGGAUAAGGAGUUUGACGUUAUAAUCUGCUUAGAAGAGCGAGUCUAUGAUCAGGCUGGUUUUUACUUUUUUGACUUCGACAAUCACUUCCGAAAAGCAUGUUCCGUUAGUUUUGAAGAGGAGUAUGGUACAGGGUGUCCCAAAACAUGCGCGCACUGUGAUCGAUGAUA